GGGGCCUAGCGAUUAGGCGGCGGCGGCUGGCGUGGGGCUCCUUAGAUGCGCCACGGCUUCGGUAGCGACCGGCUCUACUCAGCUGCUUGAGCGGCGCCAGCACCUUCCCUAGGAGCUCGCAGCAGCCGGCUGGCCCCUGCUCCACGGUAACCAUGUGCGACCGGAAGGCGGUGAUCAAAAACGCAGACAUGUCGGAAGAGAUGCAACAGGACUCGGUGGAGUGCGCUACCCAAGCGUUGGAGAAGUACAACAUAGAAAAGGACAUUGCGGCCCACAUCAAGAAGGAGUUUGACAAGAAGUACAAUCCCACCUGGCACUGCAUCGUGGGGCGGAACUUCGGUAGUUACGUGACACAUGAAACCAAGCACUUCAUCUAUUUCUACCUGGGUCAGGUGGCCAUUCUUCUGUUCAAAUCCGGUUAGAAGCACAGCUGUGCCAAACACCCAGUGAGCCAUCCAAACACAAGGACUGCAUCCUAGAUCCAAAUACCAGAGACUGAAUCUUCAGCCUUGCUAAGGGAACACCUCGUUUGAAUCUGUUGUGUUUUGUACAGGGCACCAUCCUCUGUACCUUUGUGGUUAUAAACUAAUUAGUAAAACAGCAUACAUUUGUAUUUAUUUUCUAGUCCAUACUUCUGUACCCCAUUUUUUUUCUCCCGUAGGCCAUUCCUUUAAAAAUAAAUCUGUUGGAGAUGUA